AUGGGCUCAGCGGCCGACAACUAUGGGCGCCGGGCAGUCCUCGGCCUAACGCUGUUCGGCCUGGUCUUGUCCGGGGUGGUCACGUCCCUGGUGGAGACACUGGUCGAAUUCGCGGUGCUGCAGCUUCUCAUGUCUGCAUCGAUCACCGCGUUUCAGGCUAUCAGCACCGUGCUGCUCUUCGAGGUGACUCCGCAAGUCCACCGCAUGCUCUUCUGCGUGCUUAACAUCUGCGUGCCCCUGGUGCUGGGUACGGUGGUGCUCGGCCUUAUAGGCACGACCUCGAUGCACUGGUCGGCAAUGCAGCUUGUUGUUCUAUCGCCCACCCUACUGCUGCUGCUGACCUACCACCAAACGGAUGAGUCUCCGCUCUGGCUUAUCACUUCGUGGAAGUUCAAGGAUGCCGAGCGGGUUAUCCUCUGGGCGGCAAGAAAGAACGGACUCCCGGACCUGGACAAGGCCUACCAUUUUCAACAUCGUUUGCUCUUCCCUGUUGCGUUCCGAAACGCUCAUCGUUUUCGGUGGUUGUGCGCCAUCUUCAACUGCUACUACACCAUAGCUCGAUACAAAUCGUUCGGAGGCGGUGCCGUCUUCUUCUACAUAAUGAUCGGGAUCGCCAACAUGUUCACUCAGACCGUCAACUACUUUGUCCUGAGGGGCUGCGGCCGCCGGAAGCCAAUAUUGGCCUACUUUCUGGGGCUGUCCGUGCUCAUGACGUCACUGACGGCAUUGGUGGCUCUGGAGAUGGAGCUGGCGUUCGCGAAAGUCGCGGUCCCUGAGCAUUCCUGGUGGAAGUGGCUUUCACAACCAUGUUUUCUGGUCCUCUCGUUGCCAGAGACGUUGGCGAUGAGUGAAACCGACAAGGGCCAGGAGGCUGCCCAAGAGGACAAGUGGAGGUUAGACUCGCUGCUGAAGCAGAAGAAGAAGAGCAGAAAAGUUCCCAGGAAAUGCAUUGCUCAAAAACUUGACCGAUAG